ACGGGGGUAGUGGGAGUUCCGCACGGCGGCUGGAGCAUCCCAUCCUGGAAGAGUCCUGGCGUCGCAUGAUGUGAUGUAAUAGAUUAACCAUUGCGUGCAUACAGGAUGAGCUUAAAUUAAAUAUUUGGAAAUGUCUUGGUAUUGUACAAAUUUAAAAUCAACCAAAUUACUGGCCUCCGAUACAGCUGGUGGCUCGAAUCGGAUCGCAGUCCAAACGUAGGAACAGCGUGUCCUCGAACCGGUAUUGGAAGAUAUCCUGCAGUUCGGGCAGGAGUGCGUUGACUCAGGAAUAAAAAGCGGAAUUUUAAAACUAUAAAAAGUUACUGGCGAUAAGAUAUCGACUACAGGAACGGACAAGUUGUUUUUUGAUGGUUAAGAUUGUUAAGUAGAAUAUAAUUAUAGUGGUGUCGGCUGUUUUACCCGACACCAUUUUUCUAGGUCCGAAGGGAAUAGCAAGGCGCAUGACAAUUUUAAUUAGGUCCUCGGCGCAGUAAGUUGUGGUACAGAAGACGAUGGCGGUCUCUGCGGGGCCCCGGCCGCUGCCCAUGGGCGUGCGCACCUUAAGCGCCUUUUUAGAGAUGGCCACCUUGGGCACCGAGCAGGCCUGCCGCGAUACGCGGUGCGCUGUCCGGCCGAGACCGUGCAUCAGGUACUUGUCGUCAUGUGGCAUUCUGAUGACUCGGACACCCAGAAUGCUUCAGUACACGAGCAGUGAGCAUGUGACCAUUACCGGCAGUCGCAGCUUCAUUAGCCUCACCAACAAACGGAAGGAGUAUUCCGAGCGCAGGAUACUGGGGUACUCCAUGCAGGAGAUGUAUGACGUGGUGUCCAACAUUGAUGACUACAAGCUGUUCGUGCCCUGGUGUAAGAAAUCACAGACCGUCAUGAAGAGGACAGGUCACUCCAAAGCCCAGCUUGAGGUGGGCUUCCCACCAGUGGUGGAGCGAUACACAUCGAUGAUCACCAGCGUGCGUCCUCAUCUUGUUAAGGCUGUGUGCACCGACGGCAAGCUCUUCAACCACCUGGAGACAAUAUGGCGCUUCAGCCCUGGUAUCCCCGGCCAUCCCAGGACCUGCACAGUCGACUUUUCAAUCUCCUUCGAGUUCCGCUCCCUGCUGCACUCCCAGCUGGCCACGGUCUUCUUCGAUGAGGUGGUCAAGCAGAUGGUAGCGGCCUUUGGGCGCCGUGCUUGCAAGCUGUACGGCCCCGAGACGCGAAUACCGCGGGAGCACAUGUUCCAUGAGGUGCAUCAGAUGUAAUCCUGGAUUCGUUUGUACCCCCACCAUCCUUCUGGCACCCCUAGGAUGAACUGCCUGCAUUUUAUCCAUGGGACAAUACCCCCCCUCCAGCUCCCAGCUGCCAUAUACCACCCACAACUCCAGCAGCUACACUGUUACAACUUGAAUGUGGACCAGCCUGGCGCUCUCCUUCAUGGCACUGGAUGUUCUAGGGUCUCCCUGUAGCAUUUCCUGAAUAAAUUACUGCCGUCUACCUCUGUGUGGGGUUCCUUCGCCGUAGGGAGAGGAACUCCAUAUCGUGACAUAAAUAAUCUCUCAGGAGAGAGUGAAAAUUUAUCUGAAUGGAUUUUAAUCUGGGGGUCUUCCAAUGAUUAUGAAUAUGGGGGAAAAGGGAAAACCUCUCAGAUUACUAUUUUGAAACAAACUGCUGUAACCGUAGUUAUUCCUGUGGCAUUUAGUGGGGGUUUAGUGGGGGUUGGGGGGGGGGAGAGUUUUCCGUUGGUGGUGCUUUUGUUCAACAGCUAUGUAUGUGGCUGCUGAUCUGUUAUUUUCUGUUCCUGUAUCUUCUGUUGGCACCUUUUCAUCUAUUCUUCUCUGUCAGAAUCUACAGGUUUUAUUUAUUUUUAAAAUGUUUUUAAUGUUACACUGUUAUGCAGUGUAAUUCUUAGGUAUUUGUUUGAAGAAUAUCUUUCUCCUUGCAUCCCCACUAGCACUUCAGUUUGUAAUAUUUGAUGUCAGUUCUGUUCUUAUCCAUAACCACUGUCUUCAAAUCAUGCUGGCCGUACUGUUAAAACAGUUUUUGUAUGUCGGUCACUAAUUGGAUUUCAGGUCCCUGGUUUAAGGUUAAUAACUGAAUGAUCUGAUAUUUUAUUUUAUCAGUAAUACACAUUAUCAUAAGGUAUUUUUUUAUCCAUACUAUGAGUUUCAAUUAAUUAGAUUUGAGAAUUUCUGUUUUCAUUGCUACUUGGCUGGCUAAUACUAUAGCUCCUUGUUAAAUCAAGAUUUGACAUUCUAAUCUACCACGGGAAAGUUGGACUGAAAAAACAAGUAUUAUCAAGGUCAUGUUCUCGGGUCGCAGGCAGUCAGGCCUGAGGCUCCACCAGUCCAAUUCAUACACAUUCUAUACUAUACCGGCAGCUUUUGGUCAAAGGGAUGGGAACCAGCAACCACCUUGAGGUCAGAGAUGUGAAGUUCUGACAGGGAAGUUCCCAAUUCACCUUUGCCCUCUGGCAACCUGGAUGUUUUCUAAACAAAAAUCCCUGGGUACCUUCAUGUGCCCUUGAACAGGUCAUGUCAUAGAAAAGGUUCUGCUAAUUUUGUUUAUGUAAUAUGUUAUCUAGAUUGCUACUGAGUUUGAUAGUGAGAUGGAAAGGAGUCGUUAGUUCAUGCCUUGUUUUUAAUGGUGAGUCUUGCCUCUAGUGUUUUGUUUAUUGGUCCAUUUCCCCAAUGAGACACAAAAAAGACUGAAAUCAGUGAAACGUGAGCCGUGCUUCUCUGUGUGCUGUUCUUCAUUAGCUUGCAUUGGAUUUUAAUCCAGCCACUUUUUAAAAAUCUCCAAGCCUUGAAAAGAUGCUUGCGCAAGUACGUUUGAAGCAUCUUAGUAGCUAUUUUGUUGUGGUUCACUACUCGAGAUAAGAGUUUCGUACUGCAAGCAGGUUUGUGUUGAAAGUUACACUAAUAAUUUAGUUAAAUCACAAUAUAGGCUUUCAGCAGAAUUACUGUCCAGUCUGUCCUUUUUGUUAAGAUCUUAGUGUGAGAGGGUCUUGGCGCUGACAGGGUGUUCUGCUUGUCCAUCUACCUCACCUCUUUUAUUUUAUUCCAUUGUUAAGCAUCUGACCUCAUCCUCCAGGUGUAGGUUAAGCUCCUGGUUGAACGGCAACUCGCAAGUCCUACUGACACAGGAUCCCUGAUGUCUGUGUCAGUAUUUAGAGGGAAAAAUUGAGAAUCUUGGGCUUGUAAUGCUGGGCGGCCGCGUAACCAGUCUGCAGAUAAACUAAACAAACGCCGUUUUGCUUACUGUGAAGUAUUUGAGGAUGAUAUUCAGAGUUUGCUAAGGCAGCAGAUUUGGUUGCUUUCACAUUUAACGUGGAAAUGACCACUUACUGCUUUGUCAUACACGACACUUUGAUUUGCCUCCUUCGGCGACAAAUACAUUUUAUUGCAGUUACACAUUUAUUAAAUUAUUCGGUGGAGUUUCAAGGUAAUUUUUGUGUUGGCGAAAAUGAAGGUUUGAAGCGUUUUGCCUUUGGGGUGCUAAUGAAAUGUAGGGUUUUAAGAGCUAUUUAAUUUGCACUCCUGUGGAAAUUCAGCUUGUCCCCGUUUAACAGUGUUUGUUCACUUGCUGUCAUUCUCCCAAAGAUUAAAAACAAAUGAAAAUGCUAUGGUUUGUGGCUAUUCACACACACAAAAAAUAUAUAUAAUUAAUUUAUUUAUUCUCCCCUCUGUUAACGUGCCACUAGGCAUUUGGACUUGUGUAUGUUAUCUGGAUUUGUUAAACUUAUUACCACUGUUUGCCCAAUAAGACUUGACCUUGCUGUGCAGGUCCCAGUGAGCAGGCUGCCAGAUUAUUACCACGAGGUGCGAUUCUGCAGUAACAGUAUGUAGAGUAUCCAGGGCUGUGACAUACCAGUUACAGCAGGAAGACUGAGGGAACACUCUCUUUAAAAGUUUGUUAAAAUAAUAAAUGGUUAUUGAACAUUGACAUUACUUUUAUCAUCUUGUAAACUAUAUUGUUUUAGGGGACAGGUGUUUCAGAAAUGAAUUUCAUGAGAAGGUCCUGUACAAGGAAAGUCACCAAUAAAAAAAUAAUCUGAAAAAGUG